AUGUGCCGGAGGCGGCGGCCGGGCCGGCGGGGGCUGCGCCGGGCCGCGGGGCUGGCGGGGCUGCUGCUGGGGCUGGGGCUGGUGGGCAGCGGCGUGAGCGAGGAGCUGCUGGCGGCCCUGCUGGCCGCCUGGCUGGAGGGGGCGGGCGGGGGGGGCGCUGCGGACGGGGGGGGGCUUCGCAAACGAUGGGGGGUUGGCAAACGUGCCCGCCUUGCAAACGCUGUGGGCAUUGCAAACGGUGCGGGCAUUGCAGACGCUGGGGGCUUUGCGAACCGGGGGGGCAUUGCAGACGCUGGGGGCUUUGCGGUCAGCACCGGCCUCGCAGCCGCCGUGCGCGGUGCAAACGGCGCAGCUGCUGCAGCUGCACCCGGCUCCAGCUCGGCGCUCGGCGCAGGCUCAGGAAACCUCUCGGGCCCCGCCAUCAGCGCGCCCAUCGCCGGCGGCGUCCCCGUCCUCGGCGGCGUCCCCGUCCUCGUGUCCCCCCCCGGCUGCGGGGACCCCGCUCCCUUCCUGCUGCUGCUGGUGCCCAGCGCCCCGGCGCACGCCGCCCAGCGCCAGGCGGUGCGGGACACCUGGGGGGGCUCCGGGGGGGCCGGGGGGCUGCCCACCCGCACCCUGUUCGGCCUGGGGGUGCCGGCGGGGGGCGCCGCGGCGGGGGCGGCGGUGCUGGCCGAGGCGCGGCGGCACGGCGACGUGGUGCAGGGCGCCUUCGCCGACACCUACGCCAACCUCACCCGCAAGACCCUGCUGCUGCUGGGCUGGGCGGCCGCGCGCUGCCCCGGCGCCCGCUUCGUGCUCAAGGCCGACGACGACGCCUUCGUGCACGUGCCGGCGCUGCUGGCCCUGCUGCGCGCCUCCCGCGGCCCCGCCCGCCUCUACCUGGGCCGCGUGCACUGGCGCGUGCGCCCCGAGCGGGACCCCCGGGGCCGCCACCACGUCCCCGCGUCCCUCUACGCCGCCGCCGCCUUCCCCCCGUACUGCAGCGGCAGCGCCUACGUCCUCUCGGCGCCGGCGGUGGCGGCGGUGCUGGCGGCCGCCCCCCGCGUCCCCGCCGUGGGGCCCGAGGACGUGUUCGUGGGGCUGUGCGCCCGCCGAGCCGGGCUGGCCCCCCGGCACUCGGCGCGCAUGGCCGGGGCCGCCCGCUUCCCCCUGGACCCCUGCUGCUACGGGGGGGUGCUGCUGAGCGCCCACCGGCUGCGCCCCCCCGAGCUGCGGCGCGCCUGGGAGCUGGCGCGGGGGGGGGCGGCCGCCUGCAGCCCCCUGCAGCGGGCGCUGGGCGUGCUGCGCUGCAAGGCGCUGGCUGCGCUGCAGGGGCUGUGGGGCUGAGCUGGGGGGCGC